AUGUUAACCAAAAGACUUGGUUCAGUAAUAGCUAGGCGAAAUUUGAGCUCAGUUUCGCGUGUUUUAUCAAAAAGCUCUAUCCGACCACUGAAUGUACGCCCAAAAACCGGGUUAAGUUUUUACGAGAGCUUUUCACGUCGAUUUUCCAUUUCCAGUAAGGUGAAUCAGUCAGUUGAAGCUAGUUUUGAUUCUCUGACACCUGAAGAGCGCGACGUCCUUACUCAAGAAAGAGCAAUUGACAAAGUUGAUGUUUGCAUUGUUGGAGGUGGUCCCGCUGGACUGGCUACUGCAAUUAAGCUGAAGCAACUAGCUAAUGAAAGCGGCAAAGAAGAUUUAAGAGUCGUAGUACUAGAAAAAUCAGCAGAUAUAGGAUCACAUAUUGUCUCAGGUGUUAUUCUCGAACCUCGUGCCUUGCGAGAAUUAUUUCCCAGUAGUGAACAUUACGAUCAGAAUGGUAAUGGCAUUCCAUUGCCUUCCGAUAUUGUCACCAAGUGUGUAAAGGAAGAGAUGAAAUUCAUGAUCGGCAAUUUGGUUCUCCCUAUUCCUGUCCCAUCACACAUGAGAAAUGAGAACAAGAACUACGUUGGUUCGCUGAAUCAAGUCACUGCUUAUCUAGGAGAAAAGGCCGAAGAGGUUGGAGUUGAGCUGUAUUCUGGAAUAUCCGUCUCAGAAGUACUUUAUAGUAAGGAUAACAAUUCAGUCAUAGGUGUUGCCACAAAGGACAUGGGUAUUUCAAAAUCUGGUAGACCUAAAGAAAAUUUCGAGAGAGGUAUGGAAUUUCACGCAAGGCAAGUUGUUUUCGCAGAAGGCUGCCACGGUUCCUUAACGAAACAGAUCAUCAAAAAAUUCGGUCUGCGUAAUAAUGCGCAAAAUCAAUCUUACGGUCUUGGCAUCAAAGAAGUUUGGGAAGUUCCAAAAGAGAAAUUCAAGAAAGGAUUUACUGCUCAUACUAUGGGCUAUCCUUUAUCAAAUUAUGUUUAUGGUGGCGGAUUCCAAUAUCAUUUUGGGGAGAAUCUGGUUACAGUCGGACUUGUUGUUGGGUUGGAUUAUAAAAACCCAUAUAUUUCCCCUUACCAAGAGUUUCAAAAGCUGAAGCAGCAUCCUUAUUAUCGUAACGUUUUGGAGGGUGGAAAAUGUAUUUCUUACGCCGCUCGUGCUUUGAAUGAAGGUGGAAUGCAAGCCAUACCUAAACUGCAUUUCCCAGGUGGUGUGUUGGUCGGCGCAUCAGCUGGAUUCAUGAACGUUCCGAAGAUUAAAGGGUCACAUACUGCAAUGAAAACCGGUAUGCUAGCAGCCGAAGAGAUCUUCAAAGUUGUUUCAGAAAUGCCAAGCCUUGAAGAAUUGGAAGAAACAGGAAGGGAAGAUCUCGUAGAAAAGCCAAUAAACUUGGAAUCCUAUCAGAAAGCAUUCAAAAACUCUUGGGUUUACGAAGAACUACAUUCUGUUCGUAAUGUCAGACCGUCCUUCAACUCAUUCCUAGGUGGCUAUGGUGGCAUGGCGUAUUCUGGUUUAGACACAUUUAUCUUACGAGGACGUACCCCAUGGACUUUCUCUUUUCACGAAUCUGACGCAUCUGUUACCGAAAUAGCCGCCAAAUAUAAGCCGAUAGAGUAUCCAAAACCGGAUGGCGUCAUUUCAUUCGAUAUUCUUACCUCAGUUUCGAGGACAGGUACUUACCAUGAUGAGGAUGAAAAAUGCCAUCUACGAGUUCCUGAUCAGGAUCUGCAAAAGCAUGCAGAGGCUGCAUAUCCAAAAUGGAAGGGUAUCGAAAAUCGUUUUUGCCCUGCUGGCGUCUACGAGUAUGUUGAAGACAAAAACUCUCCUUUGAGUGUUAAAUUUCAGAUCAAUGCCCAAAAUUGUAUCCAUUGUAAGACAUGCGACAUUAAAGUGCCAACCCAAGACAUCAAUUGGGUGGUUCCUGAGGGUGGUGACGGACCAAAGUAUUCACUGACUUAA